AUUUGCUGAUCAGUCUCUCUGGACGCAUUCUGCAGGAGGUGUUGCAGUUGCUGCAAUGUGGCUCUUUGAAACAACCAGUGUGAUAAUGGUGAUUACUCUCACGUCGCCAGGUGAUUGUGGGAGAGAUUGGAUGGUGACUUUCAACAAUGCAGGUCCAUGUGCCUUAAAAGGGUCAUCAGUGGUGUUUGGAUGCAGUUAUGACUACCCCGCAGACCAGACUGUAACAAAUACCUUCUGGAAGUUCAGGACUCAAAAUGAUGACACAAAUUUCUUUGAGGCCCAGCAAUACAGAGACCGUGUAGAAUACCUUGGAAAUGAAAAACACAACUGCACCUUGAGAAUGAAUAACCUAAUAAGUAGUGAUACAAAUUCCUAUUUCUUCAGAUUUAAGACAACUAAUAAUGCAUGGAGCAGUACAACAUCAGUUUCACUAACUCUGACAGGGCUGACAGCUGAAGUGAACCCUGCCACUGUGAGAGAGGGAGAGAAGGUGACACUAACAUGUAGUACAACCUGUACACUGAGUGACCCUCCCACUAUUGUCUGGUUCAGGGAUGGACAAUCAGUAUCAAAAACAGAGUUUCAGGCAAAUAGUGAGGAUUCUGGUAGAUACCGAUGUGCUGUUCAAGGUCAAUAUAAUCUCUCCUCUGCUCCAGUGUCUCUUGAUGUCCAAUAUGCUCCAAAGAAUGUCACAUUGUCGGUCCGUCCAUCUGGAGAUGUUACUAAGGGUAACUCAGUCACUCUCAACUGCAGCUGCAGUGCAAACCCCCCCGUGUUGGACUACCUCCUGUAUAAGGAGAGUGGACAGGGCUUCACCACUGUGGCUGGGUGGCAGACUCACACCUUUUCUAACAUCCAGCCAGGGGACAGUGGAUGGUACUACUGUAAUGCCAGCAACAGUAUCAACACAGUCAGAUCUAAUCUAACUACCCUCAAUGUUCAAUACCCUCCUGAGGACACCUCUGUUUCAGUCAGUCCCUCUGGUCCAGUGGUAGAGGGAAGCUUUGUGAACCUGACCUGUAGCAGCCAUGCUAACCCAGCAGUGAGCUACACCUGGUACAGAGUCAAUGGGAAAAGCCCUAUCCAGUCAGGGACUCAGUUGAUACUUGAGAAGAUCUCUCCUGAUAACUCAGGGAGGUAUUACUGUAAGGCACAGAACAAACAUGGAGCCCACAACUCAUCACUCCUGUUUCUUGAUGUUCUGUAUCCCCCAAGGAACACCUUGGUAUCAAUCAGUCUCUCUGUCCCACUGUUAGAGGGAAGUUCUGUGAACCUGACCUGCAGCAGCCACGCCAACCCAGCAGUGGAGAACUACACCUGGUUUAAGAAGGAUGGAACAGACACCUCACAGACAGGGUCAGGAGAGGUGUUGAGAUUGACCUCUCUAACCUCCUCUGACAGUGGACAGUACUUCUGUGAGGCCAGGAACAGAGAAGGGGCUCACAAGUCUACCGUGGUGUCUCUGACCAUACAGAGUGCCAAUCAUGCUACAAAUACUUUCCAAAUAGCAGUUUACAUUGGUUCCGCGGCCACAGUUUUCAUGGUGAUCGUACUUCUUGUGUUCUUAUGGAUGUGGAAGAUCCCGUUCAAAUUAUGUCAAAGGACUGUUGUGGACAUAGAGGACGAUCAAAACUCAGUCUUAUCCAGAAAAAGGACCAGUAAUGACCCAGCCACACAGGAAACUAGAACAGAGGAACAGGAAAAUGCCCUCUAUGCCAACAUUCAACUGCCUCCCUCUCACAUCCACCACCAAGACAGUUCUCUGUACUCUGUGGUCGAGCCACCAGCUCUGCAGAACCCUCCUGAACCUCAGUACGCUACCUUUGACUUCCAGCAGUUCCGCAGCUCCAUCGACGAGGCCCAAUUCUCCCGAUGCCAUAAAGAGGAUGAUGUUGUAUACUCCACAGUGAAAGCCAUAAAGGCCAACGUGACAGACAACCUCCAGUACGCCAGCAUCCAUUUCCCCCUCCCCAGUCCUACUGCCAGGCUGGAAGAAAGUUUAGAGGUGGACCAUUCUGUUAUCUACUCCACUGUUGCCAAACCAGAAGACUGAACAUAUCCUUUCAUAAUGUUGAAUAAACUAAGCUGCAUUGGAACGCAAGUUAAGAUAUGUAAAGUGUGCAAUUAAUAAGUCGUUAUGGUAAUAGAGUUACAGUGCCUUCGGAAAGAAUUCAGACCCCUUGACUUUUUCCACAUUUUGUUACGUUAUAGACGUUAUUCUAAAAUGGACUAAAUACAUACAAAUUCUCAGCAAUCUACACACAAUACCC